UGCAGUGCUGUUUGAACAGGAGAGCACCUGAACCACAGCGGAGACAACAUGCCAGACGUUCCGUCCGAAGCUCCGGAGGUGUCCCGGAAAAGAGGAGCUGAUCCGGGCCCGCUGAUCAAGCACGCACCGGAGAGGAAGAGGGCCUGCUGGGGAAUACUGACCAGCCAAGGGUCAUGGGCAGAUCGUUCUCCUCUCCAUGAAGCAGCCUCUCAGGGUAGACUGCUUGCCCUGCGCACCUUGCUGGCCCAGGGUUAUUCCGCUAACAUUGUGACCAUUGAUCAUGUGACCCCUCUCCAUGAAGCUUGCUUGUCGGGACAUGUGGCAUCUGUGAGAUUAUUAAUAAAUGCUGGAGCUAAUGUAAAUGCAGCAACCAUCGAUGGUGUCACUCCUCUGUAUAACAGCUGUGCCUCUGGCAGUGUUGGUUGUAUGGAACUGCUGCUGCAAAAUGGCGCACACACACGCUCGCCACAUACGCACUAUCCCUCAGCUUUGCAUGAAGCCUGCAAGAGAGGAAACAGCCAGUGUGUAGAGUCCCUGCUCGCUAAUGGAGCAGAUCCUAACUAUGAAGUGUCUCACUUGGGCUCUCCCCUCUAUGUGAGCUGUCUAUACCAGCAUACGGCCUGCUCAAAGAUUCUGCUGCACAGAGGAGCCAAUGUUAAUGUGGGCAGAGGAGGUGACAGUCCUCUGCAUGCAGCUGUCAGACAAGGCAGUGCAGAUCAGGUGUCAGAGUUACUGGACUAUGGAGCGGAUAUAAACCUCAGAGACGGUAACAGUCAGCGGCCAGUGGAGCUAGCACCUCUUGGUGGAAAAACACAACAGCUGCUUCUAGCAUUUGAAGUUUCUCCAAGGAGUCUCUGCCAGUUGUGUCGUCUCCGAAUCAGGAAGCUGCUUGGACAAUCCAGACUGACGUUGCUCCCCCUCCUUCCUCUUCCUUCCAGGAUUACUCACUAUCUGGAGCACAUAGGAUGACGGGCACAUGCUUUGUGUGAAAUUAUGCCAUUUCUUUAACCUUUUGAGUUUGUACAUACUGUACCUUGUUGUUGUUUGUAUGCACGUUCCUGUAUUAACGACAUUUUAUGCUAAAGUGUCACUAUAGUUACGUUGCUUGAAGGAGUUUGGCCACCACAUCUUUACAUCAAAGUACUCUAAAUAUACUACUCUGCCGCACGCUUGAUUACAUAAUAUGUUCCCUUUGUAUUGCCACAGAUACCACACGUAAUUGACACAGUCUGUCUUUAUUUUAAGUGUUUGUGCAAUAGGAGUUCUUCUGUGAGAUGAUUACCUGUUUGACAGUGACAGCUGAGCCAGACUUUUAACUCACUUUGUCUCUAUGUGUUGGUUAAGCAGAAAAUGCCAUUUUGUGUAUAUUGGAAUGUAAUUUUCAUUGGAAAGAAAGGUCUUUCAGGUACUUGUAUGCACUUGUAAAUAACAGUUAAUGAUAUCCUCGGUGUCCAGCCAACCACAGUGAGCAUGGAAAGUCCCUUUGUUGGUUCACUUUGUUCACUAAAGAAAGAAAGAAGCCUUGAUUUGAAAAAAUAAAAUUCUCUUUUUGGCAUAUCCCAGCUUUUUAGGUAGGUGGAGACAGAGUGCAGGGUCAGUCCUGAUGAGGAGCCUGGGAGCAGAUAGGUUUAAAGGCCUUGACAGCACUGCGCUGAAUUAGACUAGAAUGGGAAUUCCUUGAUGAGUCGCAAAUGUGGUUGCUGAAAGCUGGUGCACUUGGCUUCCAGUUACAAUACCUGCAAGCCUAUGACUGAAGGCCAGCCUGCUCUACCGACUAAGCCACAGCCACCACUAAAACAAAAUAUGGAACCAGUAGAUUUUUUGUUUGAAGGCAUUUCAUUCUGUUGUAACAUUUUUUUGCGUAUUAUAUCCGUAUGUAUUUCCUUCAGUUAAAGAAAGUCUGAAUGUUUUAACAUUUCCCCUGUACACCCAUGACCCAUGUUCUAAGUUGGUGUGAAACUAACAAUGGCAACACUUUACCAUAAUGUAUUUAUUAUUCGUAAUGCUUUGUUGUUUUUUAAAUUAGUACUUCUGUCUGUUA